UGGACAUCUUACUGACUAGUUUAUAUUUCAAGGCAAUCUUCAUAUUUCAACUUAUUAAAAGUAAAAUCCUCAUGCUCAAAACUUUAUUUAUGGCUUUUCAAUCGAAAUUGAUACGUGUCGCUCAAGUCGAAUUUUCAUUACAUCAAAAUUAUGCAUUAACUUGAGCCAUACGAAGGAAGAUGUUCUUACGGGAAAAUGUCUUGAAUCCGGACACAAAAACUAUCCACUAAUAAAUUUCGUAUGGACUUUGAUCGCAAAAUAAAACCAUAGAAAUUACGUUAAAUCCGUGUCAAUGAAUGUGAAGAUCGGAAAAACUUUUGGGCCAGCCCUCGUACUUGCAGUUUUGAAAACAGAUGGGUGUUCUUUCUUUAGUUACUGACUGGAUCGAAUUUGGUAAUGUAUCGUGAUCCUGAGGCAUCGUGAAAUCAUGUUUUUAAUGUACCAAUUUAAACGCGGCAGCACAGCUUCGCAAAUUCUGCGCAUGUUUUGUGAAAUUAAUGUACAUUAGCAUUUCACGAAUAGUUCUGUAUUGAAAAUUGUAUCGCAGUCCCGUAAUGAACUAUUAUGACUUUCAAGGCCUUCAUUGAAACGUUUUUAAGGCGCGGUCAGAAGCAGAAUUUUUGCUAGUGUUCAAUCAUGGCUCUAGUGAUUCGUGCGACUCGCGGGAUCUUGGCAACGUUUCUCGCAUGUUUCCUGGCUCAGAUCAUUACUUGCGAAGAAGUUCUUAUAGGUAAAGCCGAACUGGAGGAACUUCGACCUCAAAAUGGUUUGGAGAAGCUCGAAGAUAAACUCGGCGUUCUGGAAAACGAUUUGCGUUUGGCAUCCUGCGCGAAAUCGUUCCCUCGGGUCAAGUUUCGCAUGUACACGGACCGGAAACGGGUUCUCGUCACUGGGGGUGCCGGAUUUGUGGGCAGCCAUCUUGUGGAUAGACUCAUGCAGGAUGGUCACGAAGUCAUCGUUGUGGACAACGUGUACACGGGGCGACGAAGGAACGUUCAGCAUUGGAUCGGACACGAGAAUUUCCAGCUGGUGACGCAUGAUAUCGUGAAUCCCUUGUACAUGGAGGUGGAGGAGAUCUACCAUCUUGCCUCUCCUGCCUCGCCGCCGCAUUACAUGUCGAAUCCGAUCAAGACUCUGAAAACGAAUGCUUUGGGGACGCUGAACAUUUUGGGUUUGGCGAAGCGAGUAAAAGCGAAAGUUCUGCUGGCGAGUACUUCGGAGGUUUACGGAGAUCCUGAGGUUCAUCCUCAACCAGAAACCUAUUGGGGAAACGUGAACCCUGUCGGUCCACGUUCCUGUUACGACGAAGGCAAACGAAUUGCGGAAGCCUUCGCCCGGUCCUAUCACGAGUACGAAGGCGUGGAUGUUCGUAUCGCUCGUAUCUUCAAUACCUACGGUCCUCGCAUGCACAUGAACGACGGUCGGGUCGUGUCCAAUUUCGUGACCCAGGCGUUGUCUGGCCAACCCUUGACCGUGUACGGGGACGGGACUCAAACCCGCUCGUUUCAGUACGUGAGUGAUCUGGUUGACGGGCUUCUGGCGCUCAUGAACUCCUCAUACACUAUGCCUGUGAAUUUGGGGAAUCCGGAGGAGCGAACCGUGAUGGAUUUCGCGAGAAUCGUGCUUGGCAUGACUGGCUCCAAGUCGACGAUCGUGCACAAACCGUCGGUCGAGGAUGACCCGCAGAAAAGGCGUCCAGUCAUCGAGCUGGCAAAGCAAGUUUUGGGCUGGAAACCCAAGCCUCCAGUGGAGCAAGUAGAAGAAUUAACAAGACGCAAUAUCGAGAGAAUACUGCGACGUAUGACCGAUGUGAAAUCCAUUCUGACAGUGGUGUUACGUCCGGACUUCCAAGUGCUUAUGUCAGGAGGCAUGGUGUGGGAGAAAGUGUUCCCCUUUUUUGGAAACUUUAUAAGUGUUUUCAUUUUCCUCGUUUCAACUUUCAUCCGAAUAAAAGUGAUAAACCCUUACCCAUCCAAAAUCGCUGACAAUGGGGUCGACAGGGACAAAGAAUUGUACAGGGGCAGGGUUUCCAUCGAAGAAGGCUUGGCGGAGACGGUACAAUUUUUCAAAGAAGAGUUGGACCGAAGUAAAGAUCCCAGAGACCACGCCUAUUACCCUCUUGAAAGCGAGCAGGUGAAAGACUCAUUUCAUCGUGCGGACGAACUUUAACGUCUGAUUGCGCCGCAAUUGACGCGUGGAUCAACGAACGUGGCUGUCUUAUGAAGUGGUGGGGUCGAAGGAAACUGCUAUAGGAAUCGGAUAUUUUUCGGAAUCUGCACAGGAUGUGAUAAGUUAGUGGUGUUCGGGAAGUGUGCAAACCUGGAAAUCUCCCCGGGUCAAGUUGGAAUCAUUGGGACAAAUUGAAUUUGGUUGUUGUGCUAGUCUUCCUCACCAUUAGUUUUUUUUUUUACUGAAGACAUUACACUACAAUGCGGCUGUAUGUUGACGCAAGAAAUAACCGUAACCGGACAUUUGCACGCGUCUCAAAAGGGCGUGUGCGGAAAACGAAAAGUACAGAGCAGCGCUUUUGGAAAACAGUGUCCAAAAUAUACAAGGGCUGUCCCAGUUCCGUGCGGGAUUCAACAUUUUGGUUACAAGACAACUCACAUAGCGACAACUCCAACAGUGACAACUCCAACAGCGACAACUCACACAGUGAGAU